GUCUCAGAUGCAGUUGUGGACUCUGCCAGCAGGUGUCUCCCUUCUCUGAACUCUUGGAUGAUCCUGCAUAGAUCUGCGUCACAAGCUGUUGAUCCUGAGCCGGAAGAUUUUUUUAUCCUCAGUUAUUAUUAUUUUUGCAGCACGCGCGCUUUUACAAUAGCUGGAUUUCAUUUUCCAAACUUGUUUUUGUUUGGAGCGCGUUGAGCUCUCUCGGCUUCCGUACAAACGCUUUUUGGAGUUUUGCGACAUUUCCGGAUUUAGUACACCACUACGCUUGACGGCAGUACUGACAGAUCAGAGUCCAGUCGAACUCAGACGGUUCUUUUUCGGGGAAAAACCGACAGAACCUCGAGCCUGGUUCGUGUACGGAGUUCGGAGCGCAGUUAUUAACGCAUGCGCAGAAGCAGGAUGCGACUGGCGCCGUUUGCGCGGAGUUUGUUUGUUCACAGCUAGCUAGCUAGCUAGCAAACUCCCUGUAGAAGUCUGCCGCUCGGGUCCGGUCCGGUCCCGUCCAAACUCUCAUGUAAUUCCGAGGACAGAGCAGUCGAGCACCCUGGGCGGUUCGGGGCCGGCGUCCCUGCGGAAGAUGUGGCUCCAGCAGAGGCUGAAGGGGCUGCCGGGCUUGCUGUCCAGCAGCUGGGCGAGGAGGCUGCUGGUGGGGCUGCUCCUCUUCCUCAUCUUCUACUGGUACCUGGGGGCGGACCUGGCGCUCCUCCGCGGCUCCGGCAUGCCCGGAGGGGCGGCGGGUCAGUGCCUGCUGGCCGAGAUGCACCGGUGGCAGUCGAUCGUGGAGCGGGGAGAGGGGGUGUACAGCUCCCCCCAGGAGCGGCUGGACGCGCCGUUCGUCUCCGGGAACGGACACAUCCUGGUGGACGUGGACGCCAACAAGCUGUGGGUGUCGUCGUCCUCCGCGCCCGGCUCAGCGCCCGUGCACCAGACCGACUACUCCCCCCGGGUGGGCAUCCACCUGGACGGCCAGCGCGCGGAGGCGCGUGCCAGCAUGCUGUGGUUCCGGAAGGGCUCCGUGCUGUCCGUGCGCUGCGCCUCCCUCGCCGCCGCGGAGUGCGUGUCCAUCCGCGAGGAGUUCGUGGCUCACCGCAGCAGACCCAACGUGUUCCUGCAGCGCGUGCACAUCAAGAACCCCACGGACGCCGCGGCGGCCUUCGACGUGUCGGCGGCCAGCUCCUCGUUCGGCUCCAAGUUCUCCAGCAGCGUGGAGAAGCUGGAGGAGCGGGAGGUGCUGCUCUCCUCCGGCAGGGUCCCCGUGGAGAACAACCGGAUCGUGCUGGUGGUGGUGGUGACCAAAAGGCUGAGCAGCCGGAUCCAGGUCGCUGCCAAGUCCGAGUACAAAGACAACAUCCUGUCAGUGGUGUGGACCUCCGAGCCCAUCGAGUCCUCCAAGCUGGAGCAGACCUUCAGCACUCUGAGAGAUGGAGCCAAGCAGGAGCUCGGGGAGCUGCUGAGAGCCUCCAUGGAGGAGCUGGUCAGGGACCACCAGCAGGCCUGGGCAGACCUCUUCAUUUCAGGUGUUGAAAUGAGGAAGAUCACGGACUCCCACACCCCCUCCAGCCACACGGUCAACACCACCCUGUACUACAUCCUGUGCUCCUCCUGGGCCCCCCUGCUGGACCGGCCGCUGAGCGCGGAGGAGCGCGGCCGGCUGGAGUCCAGCCUGAACUACGCCGACCACUGCUUCAGCGGCCACGCCACCAUGCACGCCGAGAACCUGUGGCCCGCCCGCGUGAGCAGCACCGCUCAGAUCCUGCAGCUGGUCACGCUGUGGACGCUGACCCUGCAGAAGCGGGGCUGUAAGGUCCUGGUGGCGGCCGGCGCCCACGGCGCCAUGCAGGGCAUGGUGCUCAGCUUCGGCGGCCUCCAGUUCACGGAGAACCACCUGCAGUUCCAGGCGGACCCGGACGUCCUGCACAACAGCUACGCUCUGAGGGGCAUCCACUACAACCAGGACCUGAUCAGCCUGGCGGUGCUGCUGGACGCGGAGGGGAAGCCGUUCCUCCACGUGUCGGUGAAGCAGCAGGAGCAGCCGGUCAAGCUGUACGCCUGCGAGGCCGGCUGCCUCAACGAGCCGGUGGAGCUCACCUCUGAGGUCAAAGGCCACACCUUCCCCGUCAUGGUGACCCAGCCCAUCACGCCGCUGCUCUACAUCUCCACGGACCUGCAGCACCUGCAGGACCUGCGCCACACGCUGCACCUCAAGGCCAUCCUGGCCCACGAGGAGCACAUGGCCAACAGAUACCCGGGCCUGCCCUUCCUCUUCUGGUUCAGCGUGGCCUCCCUCAUCACGCUCUUCCACCUCUUCCUCUUCAAGCUCAUAUACAACGAGUACUGUGGGCCCGGCGCCAAGCCGCUCUUUAGGAGCAAGGUCUCCAGAAAGCAUCAGGACGACGGCUCUGACAGCCUGGAUGCUGCAUGAGCGUAGCUUCCGUCUGCUCUUUCUAACAAAGCUUCACACUCACACACUCGCUUAUGGUGGGCGGAGUCAGGAGCUCCGCCCCCCUGUUGCAUCAAUAACCCCUGAAUCAGAUGAAUUUUGUCAUGCAGAUGAAUGUGUGCACGCUCAGGAAGACGUUCCCGUUUGCUGCAGGUCUGGACCCUGUCGGGUGUUCCAUGUUCUAUUCCAGGAGCUGCAGGUUCCCUCUAGUCCAGAAACAUCUAUUCGUGAUCAAGAGCCACUCAGUCCUGUGGGGAGGGGGGGUGUAGCCCCUCCAGGACCCACAAACACCUCAGACUGCGUGGUGACUCUAAACUGCUCCAUGGAGAGUCACCGGCAGUCUGAUGUGAAACUGGAAACAAACCCAGAACUGAAUCCUGAACUUCAAACCCGUUCAGCAGAACUUCCUGCACAUUAACCCCCACGCCGUCUUGUGGGUCCAGAUGACCCCUCCCACUUUAAUGUAAACAUGCCUAGGAUAGCACAAGGGUUACAGCUGCCAGACCAACACCUGCAUCAGGUGUGUUCAGGAAGCAGUGGAAGCCCCACCCCUUUUGAUGAUUUCAACUGGGCUUUAAAAGAACCAUGAUCCCCCUGAUGGGUCAGAAUGACCCAGCAGAAUCUGAGCUUCAGCCUGAAAACAGAUCACCUGAUGGGUCCAGGUGAGCUUCAUGUUGUGUCACACCUGUGCAGAGGUGGAUCUGAAGCAGAUCUUGAGACCGGUUCUGCUGGUUUGACUGCAGAACUCCAGCAGAGCGGUGUGUAAACACGGAUCUCCUUCGUCUCGGUUCUGCAGAAGGCUUCUGUCCCUAUCCCGACUCGUGGAAAAACCUUUGGGCCCAGAAACCUUUAUUUCCCUCUGGAUGUUCCUGGAG